AGUAUAGCUCUGCUGUUGGAAAAGCUUUAUGUAGGCACUAAUAGGUUAUGGGCACUGUUUGUCACUGUUAUAGUGCAAUCAAUGUAUUGUUUAGUGUUGUGUUGUGGGAGGGUUGCCCCACCGUGAUUUACAUGCUAAUAUUGCAUCUGAUUAUGAAUAAAUAGUCUGACACUUUUCUACUAUUACGUGGGGGACUUUUAUUUUUUAAUUUCCGAAAUUCUGUGAACCGGAAGUACUUUUUUUUAAGUGUUGCUGACGAUACUUGUAGACUCGGCGUUUCUUCGAUCAGAAAGGAAACAGACUAAUUCUGUACAGCAAUGUUUUGAGCACACACGUAGUAUACGGCAUAGUUCCCGUAUAUCGAGUUAAGGGAACAUCUUUUGAUAGUGGGCGAGGGGUAAUUUUGGGUUCGGUACACGGGCAUGGCAACAGUCGAGAAUGAUCCGAAGGCGAGCGAAGGCGGUGCCGCAGCAUUCUCGAAGGUCCACAAUCCUAUCUGGAGCGAAUAUCAACUUCGAAAGUAUCCUUUCCAGACCAGACCGAUACCCAGACUCUCUCACACGGAUCCUAGAGCGGAGAUGCUCAUAAACAACGAGGAACCAUUGGUUUUAACAGACACCAAUCUAGUUUAUCCAGCUCUGAAGUGGGAUGUCGCGUACCUGCAGGAGAACAUUGGGAGCGGGGACUUCUCUGUGUACAUAGCAGAAAACCACAAAUUCCUCUACUAUGACGAGAAGAAAAUGGCCAACUUUGAGAACUUUUUACCCAAGUCUAGACGGAUAGACAUGAAAUUCUCUGAUUUUGUGGAGAAAAUGGAGAAAACGCAGGAAGAGGGAGGAGACGAGAGGGUGUACCUGCAGCAGACCCUGAACGACACUGUGGGCAGGAAGAUCGUGGUGGACUUCUUGGGUUUCAACUGGAGCUGGAUCAACAAGCAGCAGAGCAAAAGGAACUGGGGCCAGCUCACCUCCAACCUGCUCCUCAUAGGCAUGGAGGGCAAUGUAACGCCAGCCCAUUAUGACGAGCAGCAGAACUUCUUUGCACAAAUCAAAGGUUACAAAAGGUGUAUCCUCUUCCCUCCGGACCAGUUUGAGUGUCUCUACCCCUUCCCUGUUCACCACCCCUGUGACAGGCAGAGCCAGGUUGACUUUGAGAACCCUGACUAUGAGAGGUUUCCCAACUUCAAGAAUGUAGUGGGCUAUGAGACUGUGGUCGGCCCCGGAGAUGUUCUUUACAUCCCCAUGUACUGGUGGCACCACAUUGAGUCCCUGCUGAGUGGUGGCGUGACCAUCACUGUCAACUUCUGGUACAAGGGUGCGCCAACGCCCAAGAGGAUAGAAAACCCACUGAGAGCCCAUCAGAAGGUGGCAAUCAUGAGAAACAUAGAGAAGAUGCUGGGGGAGGCACUGGGAGACCCACACGAGGUUGGUCCUUUACUGAAUAUGAUGAUCCAGGGCCGAUAUGACCAGGGAUUCAGCUAGAGGUACUGCCGCAGAACUGUUGCCAAGAUGCUGCUUGUGUGUGAAUUCAGUACACACGCCUGAUUUGUGUGUAUGUAGGCGAGCAUGUGUAUAUGUGUGUGCGCAUUUGGGCUGUCAAGCUAGCAGUGCAUGGCAACACUGAGUCACCUUGAGAGACUUGGCCAAUCACACUUUCUGCUCUGCUUUGAUUGUCUGGGAACCAUAGUCAUCGCAACCUCCGCCACCAGUGGGAAGACAAUAGUGGAUGGACAGACUAGCCAUGGACACCCACAUGCAGUAUGCCGUCAGAGACUGAUACUCUGUUGAUGAACUGUCUAAACUACAUAAUGUAGAGUUGUGGUAUUUUUGUGUGAGUCAAGUGAUAGGCAGCUGUGUAGGUAUCAAAGAAUAACCCCCAAAUACCAUCAAGCCUGUUAACUUGCACGAAUCUUGCCAUUUCCUUCGACCUUUCAUCAACGAGCUGUUUUCACUCAUAGGACUGCUGCUGACUUUGUUUUUUGUUUGUUGCACCAUUCUUGGUCAAUUCUAUACACUGUCCUGGAGGGCGGCCUUUCUGAGAUACUGGAUCCGGCGCCCCUGGUACCAACGAUCAUACCAUGCUCAAAGUCGCAGAGGUCACUUGUUUUGCCCAUUCUAACAUUCAAUCAAACAGUAACUGAAUGCCUCGAUGUCUGCCUGCUUUAUAUAGCAAGCCAUGGCCACGUGACUCACUGUCUUAAUGAACGAUUCAUAUUUGUGAACGGGGUGGUGUACCUAAUAAACUGGCCGAUGAGUGUAUCAACUGAAUACAUUUCUAGUACCUAAAGUAGGCCUAUUUAUUUUGUGACAAACUUCUAAAUGAAUUUACUGCACGUUCACCCUGAAAGGGAUGAGUCAUAUUUUGGUUAUUCUGUUGAUUUAAUUGUUGACCGUCAGUCAGUAAGCUGACUUGUUUCUGUAUGGUAUUAGUUUUUAGGAGCGAUUAGCAAAAAACAAAUUAUAUUGUGUUUUAUAAACACUGAAAGAGUGCUUGAUUGUGUGAUUGCCUGUACUUGAUUUAUUUAAUUUAAAUGAUUUCUGAACAUUUCUAUAAGUAUGUUUUGUAUGAUGGUUUGUGUACAUUUAGGCAUAACUGAUUUUCUGUUGGUGUGUUUUGAAUUGUUUUAUGUUAUUAUACAUGGUACAUUUUAAGUCAAGAUUGAGGAUGGUCUAAAAAGUAUUUUAACUUAAUCAAUUGCAAUUGCAAAGUAAAAUAAGAAUAUAGCAAGUGUGUGUGCAUGCAACCACACUCAGUGUGUGUCAGUAGAGUUGAAUGAUGGUUGUUAUUGUGCAAUUGUCAAGUGUUUCCAGUGAACACUUCACUUCAACAGGUGCAGUUUAGAAUAUAGGACCGAUUUUAAAGCACAUAUUGGUGGCAUCCCAAAUCGUACAAUCGUACCCUUUCCCCUGUGGGCCCUGGUCAAAAGAGGUGUACUUUAAAGGGAAUAGUGUGCCAUUUGGGACUUAAACCUAGUGCUGUGUUCCAAACCAGGUGUGUCCUUCAGGGUUGGGGCUGUUUUCAUUUCAAUUCAGUCAAUUCAGGAAGUUAACUAUUCUCAUUUACAUUUUUCAAAUUGACCCUACCCUGGUGUCAUAGAACCGUUAAGGUGGUUUCAAGUUAAUGGAGUAAAUAAGUAAAUUACAAGUGAACGAUGUUCUUAAAGCUGUAUGUGUGGGUAGGGCUUUGGCAGUCAUGACAUUUUAUCUGCUGGUUAUUGUCACGCAAAAGAACGUUAAUUAACAAUAACACGUUUAGCAUCUCCGGGCCUCUAGGCAUACAAGCCUUGAUGCGCGCCUUUGGAACAUCUACAUUUAAAAAAAUGAUAGUAAAUCAAUUUAAUAUACACCAUCACAAUAAAGCAAUUUUUUAUUUUUGUCAGUUCUAAAGAAAUGUAUUUCUGAAGAGCAGAUAUGACUUGGCCUACAGUAUGUUAUCUGGUUAUGCUCCAUGUCAUAGGCUUGUUAAUUUAGCUGACAAGAUAUGCUUAUAAGUGCCGUGACAUUAUUUUAUAUUAUUUUAUAGUAAGAUGAAUAUAAUUGAGCUUUGCUAAAUAACGUAGAAAAUGAUAUUUUUUUCAUUCCGGAGCGAGUGCACAUACUUUUAGCGUAAAAGUGACAGUUUGAAACAGGUCCUAUAUGCUAGAUUUAGUGUUAUUUGGCAACUUCAGUUGUGAAUGAUGCAAACCGUAUGAAUCAAAACAUAUAUAUGGCCUACAUGAUGUGACUAUAGGCUAUUUAUCAUUUGAGAGUCGCAAACCAGUUUGCACGCUGUUCCUUGCCUCAGGCUGCACAGCUGUUCUUUCAUCAAGUGAUCAUAUUUUCACCCAUUAGACUAUUCUCAAUUGAAUCUUUACUAAUAUGUAAAAUUAGUUUAGAUUUAGAAUGGCCCAUUAUCAAAUGGGCAAGGGGGAAAAAGACGCCAUCUGUAUGCACUCGAAUUGCGAAUGGAGGCCUGGCGCGUUCUCUACGGUCUGUUUUUCAAUGAUGCCUGGUGCUUCGCUUAAUAUGAGCCGCUCCAUGCAUCACCCACAGUUUGAGGAGAAUGCUCUUGCUGCGCGACAGGUGAUAUUCCACCCAAACUCUGCCAUCUAUGCCCAGUUCCUACAGCUACCCAGUGCUGAAUUUGGGAAACUGAAUGUAAUCGGUUCGUUAACAUCAAUGUUAACAUGUUUUCGCAACUGAACAUAUUUAACUACACUGUUGACAGCCCCUCUGCACGCUCUAGAAAUGAAUAAAGGAGAGGGUUGAGGAGAUAGAAAUGCAUGGUGGUGAGAUAUUCUGUAUAGCUAAAGGGAAUGUGCCACACAAUUAAUUAUGAAAACAUAUGUUAGGGGAGAGCAUUUAUGGUAUAAAUGUCAUAGCAAAUGAAAGGACGUCUUGGGCAUAUAUUUUGCAUUCAUUACAUCUUCAUAUCUUAUGUCAUUCAGUAUGGAGUUGUAGACCAUUAGUGUGCACUUGUGACAAUUUUCCCCAUCAGCAGGUAAAUUGUCACACUACGUCGGGUAAGUUUUCAAAUUGGAUUAUCAACAAAUAAGAACAACUCAUAUUGUGAAAAUUGAUUUUAAUUUCAAAUUCAAAACCAAAUUCAACUUCAUUUAAAAACUCAAAAUAAAAACAAUCAUGCCUAGAGAAUCUGGCAAAUCAUGCCUUUCAAUCAAAACAAUAAUGCUGUCAGAGCCCACAUUAAUUAAGUGGCAAGACCACUUCACUUCACUUCACUGAAUUUUGAAAUCAGUUCUCUGGCAUGCACAUAAACUCAGCAAAAAAAGAAAUGUCCCUUUUUCAGGACCCUGUCUUUCAAAGAUGAUUCGUAAAGAUCCAAAUAACUAAACAGAUCUUUAUUGUAUAGGGUUUAAAAAUGUUUCCCAUGCUUGUUCAAUGAAUCAUAAACAACUAAUGAACAUGCACCUGUGGAACUGGUCGUUAAGACACUAACAGCUUACAGAUGGUAGGCAAUUAAGGUCACAGUUAUGAAAACUUAGGACACAAAAGAGGCCUUUCUACUGACUGAAAAACACCAAAAGAAAGAUGCCCAGGGUCCCUGCUCAUCUGCGUGAACGUGCCUUAGGCAUGCUGCAAGGAGGCAUGAGGACUGCAGAUGUGGCCAGGGCAAUAAAUUGCAAUGUCCGUACUGUGAGACGCCUAAGACAGCACUACAGGGAGACAGGACGGACAGCUGAUCGUCCUCGCAGUGGCAGACCACGUGUAACAACACCUGCACAGGAUCGGUACAUCCGAACAUCACACCUGCGGGACAGGUACAGGAUGGCAACAACAAAUGCCAGAGUUACACCAGGAAUGCACAAUCCCUCCAUCAGUGGUCGGACUGUCCGCAAUAGACUGAGAGAGGCCGGACUGAGGGCUUGUAGGCCUGUUGUAAGGCAGGUCCUCACCAGACAUCACUGGCAACAACAUCGCCUAUGGGCACAAACCCACCGUCGCUGGACCCGACAGGACUGGCAAAAAGUGCUCUUCACUGACGAGUUGCAAUUUUGUCUCACCAGGGGUGAUGGUCGGUUUCGCGUUUAUCGUUGAAGGAAUGAGCGUUACACCGAGGCCUGUACUUUGGAGCGGGAUCAAUUUAGAGGUGGAUGGUCACAGCAUCAUCGGACUCUGCCUGCAAUGACAACAAGCUAUCUUAUCACUGUGCGUUACAGGGAAGACAUCCUCCUUCCUCAUGUGAUACCCUUCCUGCAGGCUCAUCCUGACAUGACCCUCCAGCAUGACAAUGCCACCAGCCAUACUGCUCUUUCUGUGUGAGAGUACCUGCAUGACAGGAAUGUCAGCGUUCUGCCAUGGCCAGCGAAGAGCCCGGAUCUCAAUCCCAUUGAGCACAUCUGGGACCUGUUGGAUCGGAAGGUGAGGGCUAGGGCCAUUCCCCCCCCAGAAAUGUCUGGGAACUUGCAGGUGUUUUGGUGGAAGAGUGGGGCAACAUCUCACAGCAACAACUGGCAAAUCUGAUGCAGUCCACGAGGAGGAGAUGCACUGCAGUACUUAAUGCAGCUGGUGGCCACACCAGAUACUGACUGUUACUUUUGAUUUUGACCCCCCUUUGUUCAGGGACACAUUAUUCCAUUUCUGUUAGUCACAUGUCUGUGGAACUUGUUCAGUUUGUCUCAGUUUAGAUCCACAGUAAUUGUUGGAAUCGGAAUGGAAUUAAAUUAUGCAGAUAACUUGCUUAAAUGUUUAAAGUCUUAGCAAAACAGACUUGGUGUUUAAACACACUAAUGCACAGUUUUGUAACAGCCUACAUCCGUAUCUGACUAAUCAGACUCAUCUUCAGAAAAACAGUUCUGGCACACAUACAUUGCCUGGCCUGAGGUGCAAGCAUCAUGGGCCCAUUUGUUGCAUCUCACACGCUUCACCCAAGUGUCCUUUGGCAGGCUGUUUGAAAAUGGCUCCACACAGAUGAGACAGAAGCACUCUUCAUCUGAUGACUCUUCUACAAUAUUUUAUUUUUUUAGCUUCCUUCUUGUUCUUUGCAGAUCCACAUUUGGAACUGGGCAGGUCUGUGUCUGAGCUCGUGCUAGGCUGGAAUGGGGCCUGGCAGGGCUGGAAUAGUGCUGGGGCCUGGCAGGGUUGGUGCUGGGGCCUGGUAGGGUUGGGUUCUGAAUGGGGUGAUCUGUAACGUAGGAUGGCGCAAACUCGUUUUCCAGAAAUACAUCCCUGUUGUAAGGUUGUACCCCAGCCACCCUAAAGCCAGCCUGAAUGUUCAAGGGUGUUGCAACCAGAGGAUUGGCAAUUGCAACAAUCCCAGGAAUGUCAUAAAUCGAUGUUGUCUUCCUGGGAUUGUUCCUCAUCCAGGCAUCACACGUGGUGUUGAUGUGCCUCUUUAGUGGCCUGUAGACAAACAUGUAGACAAACCUGUCUAAGGGCUGAAUCCGAUGAGAGCAAUGGGGUGGGAAUGACACCAUAAUUAUGCCAUUUUCUUUGGCAUAAUAGAGUCCAUCAAUGGACAGAUGAGACUCGUGGUUGUCCAAAAGGUAUAAACAGGGCUUCUCCUUUGAGCACCUCGUUUGCUUGACGAAAUGUUUCAGGAAGUCAACAAAGUGCACAUCUUUCAUCCACCCAGAGGGAUUUGCCCCUCCUUUGCUGCCAGGUGGCCCGUUUAUCAGUAAAUUAUUGUGGAAGUUGACACGGGGAAUAUAAACUAUGGAGGUAUACUAUUCCCUGUGGCUGAGACGGCACAGGCCAGUGUGACAAGGGUUCCCCUUUCAGCGGAGGUCAGUGACCCUACUUGUUUGAAUCCACGUCUGCCCACCACUUUGUCAGGUUUAUGUUCAGUGGUCACCCCAGUUUCAUCGACAUUCCAUAUGUCUCCUGGUCCAAAUUGUUAUUUCUGUAGCACUUCUGCGACAUUGUCGAAGAAAGCAUUAACAUUUUAUCUGUUGAAGCUACUUGCCCUGGCAAGGCUAGUUGCCUCUGGCUUUCUCAGUGACAGCGUUGGGUGCCGCUUUAAGAAGCCUGUAAACCACUCCGAGCUGGCUUUUUCCUUUUCUGCCCACAUUGGCGCGAACUUCAGCUAGUCUUCUGACCUCACUUGGCGACAGACCAAAAUAAAUGUCAGCUGACCUAAUAAUAUACUGAACAAGCUGCAUCUCCAAAUCAGCUGAAAAAACCUGCCGUGGCUUUGUAUAGCCUACCACGGUUGUUGGCAUGGCUGUCUGACUUUCAACUUCUUCUCUGGUAAACUUUGACAAUACCUAGUCAGAAUAUGGUAAUUUAUGGCAAAAUCCUUCUCUGUACUCCUGAUUUGAUUUGUUCUGCAACUUCACCUGCCUCACUGCCUUUAACAUUAUGCCAGGUCGUGUGCUGCCAUUCUGUCUUUCUUUUAUCAUUUCUAACCCUUUCUUUCCUUCCUUCCUUCCUUCCUUCCUUCCUUCCUUCAAAAACACAUUUCCUCAUUGCAAUUACAGAUUCAUUACAGGCUUAUCACGCCCACCUUCCCAUCUACUAUUCUUGUUGCCACAUUGCAAUUCAUAACACUACUUCAUACAGUGUCACAAAUUUAGAGUUGUGUGUGGAUAUACUGUCUCAUACAGUAGGCAUGUAGUGUUUUAAUAGACACACACACGCUAGAGUCUGUUUUGUGUAGUCCAGGGAUAUGUCUGCUGCUCUAAACUAUAUGUCUAUAUGAUAAUCAUUUACAGUAACAUUUAAUAUUAUUAUCAGAGCUGAUUACACAAUAUCACAAUGUAUUUUGAGCAUGUUCUAUGUAUACUGGGGCAAAUUGUCACAUGUGAAGACUUUCCCCAAGGUCAUUGAGACAACAUGCCCCAAACUGACAUGUGUGCUAAUCUCAAGGUUAGCUCAACAUAGGACUGCAGCUAAAGUAUCAAAAGACACGUUAUUGUCUCCUCCAUUCAGUGCAAAAUUAUCAUUUUGAACAUUCAUACCUAAAAGUUUUAUUGCAUAUAAAAUGUAAAGUGGCAAUUUUUUAUUUUCAAGGGGAAAAAUAAUGAACUUGUGCUCACCUCAGAUUAGUAACCUUGACCACAUGUGAACAGGAAGUUGACCAUAGAACAUGUAGUCACACUAAUGAGCUAUUUGAGAUAGCGCCUCUAGUGUUGGAGAUAUGAACAGUUUGACAACUUACCCGUGUGACAACUUUUGCUCCCUUUGGAUUAUAGGCUAGACCAAUUAUGUCCUAAAGACAUCAAAAAUCAGUCUUGUUUUAUGGUUUUCUGCCACGUAUAAUAUGCGGUAGGCUAUGUAUUGUAUGAGGCACAAUCAUAUUUAAAAAUAAUAAUAAUAAUUCAGGUGUGGUCUUAUAAGCCUAUGCAUAUGCAUAAGCCUAAUAUGCAUGUUUUGAAUUAAUAAUCACCAUAGAAAGCACUGUCCAUUUCAUUGUUAGGCUUUGCCACAACAACCAUGUUUUACACUCUGUUUCAACCUGCUGUUGAACUUCUUUCUUCAAAUUGAUCGAUCACAGUGAGGUGAAUUUUAAAAAGCAUAACACCGUUUUGAUGAGUGUUUGAUGUGAUUUUUUUUAUGCAUUUGCAUUGAUAUCAGAGUGGUUAGAGGGACAAUAGAGCCCUGAGUACCAGGCCGUUAAGGACCUGAUGGUAGUUAGUGAGUUGGCCACUACCAAAGCGUGUCCAGAGUGCAUAAUAGGAGAACACCGUUACUCAACUGUCACGUGGAAUUUGACUGCGGUCUUGACUGCUGGUGUGGCGAUAAUAUGUCACUGCAACAGCCCUAUAGUAUGGAGGCCCUUCUGUGAUUGGUAAUGUGGUGAUUUUAAACUGCAUCAUAUUAGUUUGUUAUUAACAGUAAUAUAUUAAUAGUCUGGUUAAACCAGACUGACCAUGGCUGUGCUCAAUGGUGAACGCAGCAUUCACUAGGCUAAUAUACUAAUGCUGCGUGUUAAAAUCCUACACCUUCAGUGACUGACUACAAAUGUUCUAGGAGUGUUCUAGCCAAGUGUAUUAUCUCCCCAACAGGCCGUAUUGUACUCCUCUGGCAAUCUCAAAACAAAUAUGGAAUGUGCCAAGCGGAAUGUUCAUGUCUUGCUGUUUAUAUUUAGGCUGAUAUUCUAACAGUGUGUAGCAGCAAGGGAGUGUGUGCUUGAUUUGUUUAUAGUAUCAAUAUUGUUCAUGAAAAAUACUAGUUCAAUGAAAUGUUCAAUGAAAUGGUCUGUUAACUGUAAAAUGACUUAAGUCCCAGAGGUUAAAGUGUUCUCACUGUGUCUGUUUCUCCUACCUGCACUUUGUGUGCCAAGCUCUGUUAUGGCAUGGCUCAAGAAAUCGCAAGAACAAUGGAUAUCUUUUUUUUUCUUCUCUUCCCCGUGUCUUUUCUAAAAACACAUUUCAAAAACCUUAACAUUGUUUUCUGGGCUCCUGCACUUGUAUGAUUUGAGUGUGUCUGCUGUAUUGUGCACUGAUUUCUAAAUGACUGGAGUUCUAUUGUUAUGCAAGUAGCAUUGAAAUAAAAUGUUCAACUUUA